ACAAAAAGAUUACAAAAUGCGAGACAGAGGGUGGAGACGGUUAAGAAGUUUUUUACCCACGCUUUUAAAGGGAGUCCCAUUAGUAAAUGGGACUCCAUUCUAAAAGAAGAUGUUUUCUUUGGCUAUAUAAAACAACAGAAGUUAACCCUAAAUUAUCGGGCAACAACAGUUCUCCAUAAAUUAAAUGACCUUUCCCAUUUUCUCAAAUGGGUAAAGGAGGCGAGCCCAGAAGGAGCCAGUGUAUCAAGAAAAGCCCUUAAACGGGCAAUUCUUAUUGUAAAAAUGUGCUGCAAGGAGGAGUCCAGAAACAAGCAGUCCUGGCAGCAGGAGGUCCAAAUGACAAAAUCUGAGAACCUUUUGGAUCCUGCUCUCCAUGCAGAGUUCCUAAAAGCUGCAUCUGAGGCACUGCCAAAAGCGUUGCAAAACCUAAAAAAUGGCAAAAGUUCACUGGACCAUUUUUUUGGUCUUCUGGGUGGGGUCAUGAUUGGCACCUCUGGCCAUAGGCCAUGUGUUAUCAUGAACCUCACCACAGAGGAAUUCCUAUCAGCCAAAGAGGGCAAGGAUGGCCAUGCCAUUUUUGUCAAAAACCACAAAACGAACAACACUUUCGGCCAUGCAAUACUCCCCAUAACAAAUGGGGAGUACAAUUGCAUGGCAGAGUUCCUUAAAAUUCGUGGUAGCUUUGAAGGGAGCCAGUCAGCCCACUUCUUUUUUAAUAAAAAGGGUGGGCUGUAUAAGGGCCUCCUCAAGGCCUUCAUGAAUGUAUGGGAAGAUAUGGGCCUUCCAAAACCUGCCCCAACCUUUAUGAGCCUCAGAACAUCAAUGUCCACGCAGGUUCAGAAGCAUCUUAGCCUGAAAGAGGUACAGAAUGCCACAGCGCUCAUGUGCCACAGACCACAAACUGCGCUUAAAUUUUAUAAAGCCUAUUGCUCCGUGGAAGAAGCUUUGGAGCUGAGAAAAAGUAUGACUAAAUCAAUUAAAUGUGGCGAGGGACUCUCCAGGAAACAGAUGGUAGAGUCUGGUUCUUCACUGAAGUCAAAUGAAGGUUUGGUUGAGGAAUGUGACGAAAGAAAUGUCUGUCCAGUUGAAACCAUGGAGACUGAAGUUGUCAAAUCUGUGGCUCUCCAGUGUACAGCUAAAGCAGUUGAAUCUAAUCAGGGUGAUCAAGAGACUGAGACUGUAAUUCCCCAGGGAAGACACCCUCACCAGAAUGAAGAGUCAGUUUCAGUUGAAGCUAUUGAAGUAUUUUCUUCUGGGGCAGAUGAGAGAACCCAGGAGCCGACUGAAGAAACUGUAUUCGUAUCUGAUAAUGCCAACACAACAGUUGAAGCUACCACAACUUCAUCCACUGCUGAGCAAGAGGAGCUAAUUAAGUCUCCACCUGCCAACAAAAUUUGUGGCAGUCAAAGAAGAGCAGCACAGACAUCCAAAAAUGAAAUGGCCAAAGCACCUGCUGUGUUGUCAUUAAUUGAAGAGGAAAAUCUGACUGAAGAGGUUUUUGACCAACCCGCUGUAGAUACUAGCCCACAUUUACCUGUAACUGAAGAACACACCGAAACAAUGGUAAAAUCUGUGAGGGGGAAUAGGAACACAAAGCAGUCAAAAAUGACCGUUGUAGUUGAGGUCCAUGCUGUUGCAGACCCUGCACCAUCAGUCGCUGUCGUGUCUAGCCAUGCACGUAAUGCAGUUACCAAGGCAAAGUCUGAGGUUACAGAGAAUGUGGCUUCAUCAGAAAAGCCUGUUAAGCCUGUUAAACAUACCAGGAGAACAGCAAAAGCUCCUGGAUCAAAGAAAGAAAAUACGAUAGCACAAGCAGAUUCUGAACUGCUUGCAGCUAAUGAAAAUGUCAAGCUAUUGAGAAGAGGAAAGGCAGUGGCUCCCUCUGCCUGCAAGACGUCAACUCACCUUAAAAGGAAAAGUAAUGUGGUGAUUGAGGUAGCAGAUGAGUCCAUAAAUAAGGAACCUUUGCCAAAGAGAAGAGGCAGAGUAGCCAGCAGCUCUGAAGUUGUAGCAGAGGUUUCCACCAAAGAGAAAACAUCUGAAGCUGAACCAAAAAAGGCUGAGCCUACUCUCAAGAAAACUUAUAAUAGAGUUGCAAGAGGACAGAAAAUGACAGCCCAAGAACCAGAUCCAGCACCUACUAAGGCUCAAGCAUCUGUUUCAGGAACCACCACUCGAAAAGGAAGGAGUGUGAAAAAAGUAGAGAAAGUAGAUGUCCCCACAGAGGCAGCUCCUGUCAGAUGCACCAGGAGGAAGUAAAGCAUUGAUUUUACAGAGUGGUCUUAAUUAUCUAUUCUGUGUAAUCUCGAAAAAGGACAUUUGUGUGAACAUUUCAUUAUGCCUUUUUCAAAAAAAAAAAAUUCCAGUGUAAUUUUAGCUGCUUUUAUCUUAGGGAAAACUGCCUGUGUACACUUGUCAGAUGUUUUUUCUCUUAAAUUCAGUGUAAAGGGGCAUUGAGAUAUUCAGACUUUUUUAGUUCAAGAAAAUGUUUAAAGAAUUUCUAAUUUUGAACUGUUAACUUUGUUUAGACACUUUUCUUCUAUAUUCCUUUUUUUUUUUUUUUUUUAUUAAAAGAAUAAAGUAAGCCAGGGGUGCAAAAUCAGGCUUAAUUGGUCAGAAAUCUUAAGCCCAAGAGUGUGUUAUAUGCUGUAGUGUACAUGUGACCUGCCUGAAAGUUUUCAUUUAAACGAUUUUUGUCAAGAUUUUUGUUUGAUUAAUUUUACUGGUGUCAUGAAGAUGAUGUACAAAUCCAAACAAGGCAAGUAAAAUAUACAUUUUAAGACGGCCCAAACUGUUUUUGUCAUUUCUGCUCUGGACAGCAAGACCUCAAACGUGUGACAUUAAACCCGUUAUUAACAGUCAUCUACAAAACAAAGCUGUCAAUGGAAGAUAAUUAAAUAAAAAGUUUUAAGGUUAAAUUA